ACGUAAACUAUAUUUCAAAACUAGUUUCAGGCCUGACACACCCAUUCAACUGAACGGGGUCAUUCUAGGCCACCGUGAACCUAAUUUGGCCUGGGCUACUUACACUGUAUGUGUUUUGAUACCACUUGCCUAAUAGUUUGUCGGACCAUGAUGGCAUGAAAAGACUCCUCAGUGUCGUCAAAUCGCCUGAAAGAAGAUCUUUGAUUUGUUUGUGAGCACCAAUAAUGAUGCAUCUUAUGAACUAGCAAGCUACGGCCAUGGCUAUGCAACAGCGGCCCCACAUCCGCAAUCCUCUCAUGCGGAUAGCCUAUGAGCAUCAGACAAACACCAAGUUCAACAGGCAAGAAAUCCGACGGCAUUUUGAUGUAGACAAGUGGUACAACUGCAACUUGGAUGACUUCCCAGAAGAUCUCAGGGUUUUGUUUCAUCAGUGUCACAUGGACAGUGCUACAGAGAAGUUCUUGGACAGCUGCUACCAGAAAUCCGAUUGGAUAAUCACCCAAGCCUGGCACUCAUUGGCUAAAGCGUUCUUAGGUUUCUUUAUGUCAUCUACCUCGAUCAAUGGGUUACUAGACAGGGGAUGCAUGUUUGUCUUCUCCAUGGAGCAGUUCCGAUCUCUCCUUGAGAUCAAUGCAGACUUCAAGGCUGACCAUCUACUGGACUUGGGAGCCGGGGAUGGGAAGGUGACGGAGAUAAUGGCAGGUCAUUUCAGGAGAGUGUCUGCUACGGAGGUGUCCUACACGAUGCAGAGAAGGCUGCGGCAGCUGGGAUACACAAUUCUCGGCCUCGACCAGUGGGCGGGCCACAAGUAUGAUGUCAUCAGCUGCUUGAAUCUGUUGGAUAGGUGUGAGAGACCAGCUACCAUCAUGAGAGAUAUCCACAGGUCACUGGUCCCCGGCGGUGUGACGAUUGUUGCUAUGGUGCUUCCAUUUAAACCAUUUGUUGAGUCAGGUUUUAAUCAAAACCGACCCGUGGAAAACUUACAUGUCCAAGGCAAGACGUGGGAAGAACAGGCAAGGAGUUUGAUUGUAGACUUUUUCACACCAGCCGGUUUCACGGUUCUGGCGUUCACCAAGUUGCCGUAUCUCUGCGAGGGCGACACAGAAAACCCCUUCUACGUCCUCCAAGAUGUUGUGUUUGUGUUGAAGAGAACUAUGGACGCUGGGGUGACGUUACCUCAUGUGUCAUGUGACUCCGGUGCCGAUGAUAGUGACAUUGUUGUGGACAUUACUGGCUAAGGUGCCCCAAAAGUUGGAAUAUUCCCAUUUUGAAGAAAAAAACCCAAUAUGUAACAUUUCCCAGCUGGAAUGGGCUGUUGCUGAGAUCUUUUUUUUCUCAAUAAGGUGGUGUCCGAUAGUAUUAUAUAAACUUCCAACUAUUUUUAUAAGAUGGAAUUUGCGUUGGGGAGAAGUAAAUCUUAUAUUAAGUUUUGUCCUUCGCUGACAUAUUUUUUAUUAACACUGUAUACUCAGUGUUGUCCGAGGGCUUACGAGAACAACUUCACAAGCUUUCUCAUGUGGGACUCGAACCCAUAACCUCCCACUUACCAGUGCAGACUUCUUGCUACUCGACCCCCGACAUUGUCAGGGUCGGCUGGCCGAUUUGAGUCUGAAGUACCGCACAUUUUUAUAAGACGGAAUAUGCGUCAGGGAGAUUUAAUCUUAUAAUUGUUUUUUUUUUGCCUUUCAACUGAUAGUUUAACUUUGCCUCAUUGCUUUAAGAUGCCACUUAACUACCAUGCCAUUAGUAUAACUUAAAGCAAUGCUCAGUUUAAAAUGCAGAUAUCUCAACCUCGUCCCCAGUGCUUACUUUAUUUCCGUCGUUUCCAAUAGUAAGCCCUGGAUAGGAAACUUUCUUCCUGUAUCCUGAUUCGAUACCGCAAUUGGCUAGUAAUGGAUUUUUAUCGUUUGCUUGGUGUUAUUAUUCACAACCUGCAGUAUGUGUUUUCGCGAUCGUUCGUCCACGCCUUCUCGAAAAAUACUUAUUUCCUUUCCAAUUUGUUCAUAUGAAAUGUGAUACUGCAUGUUGUCUCGAUCAGAUCGUAACAGUUUAAUUAAAUAAAUCGUGUUUUUGUAACACACGCCACGCUCGCGCUACCCUAGACACCGCAUACAAAAACAAACGCAAAUGUAACGCAUAUCCAGGAACCAGACUAUUCCUCAUUUGCAUACGUGUUCAAAAAUCUUGCACAUGCAAAUGAUCCAAUACCAGGGUGAGAGAGCAGGUAGUGAUAGGCGUGUACUGUUCGACAUCCUGGGGACGAGGUUGGCAGAUAUCUAUAUGCUCUUAAGGUUUUCUUAGACCAUCCCCCCAUGUUAUAAUUGUCGGUGCAUUUUGCUCCAUUUGCCUAUGUCCAGUAUUAUGUUACGUUGCUUUCUGAAAUAACCUCGGUUACUACUUUUGAAAUAUCUCUUCAAGCAAGUAAGGUGUAAUAAAUACAAAAGAUACUGAUGGAA